AUGAUAAGUGUUAACCAGAACGAAACUGAAACAUUGGAUUUUGGGAAAGAGGCUGUUAAAAGUGUGGAUGAGAAGUUGGCUAUUCUCAAAUUCCACUAUAGCUGGGCUGAAAUGGUAGAAAGGGUGGAAGAGGAGAAAUUAAAUGAAGAAAAGAAUGAAACCCAACUGAAUUUCGGGGAAGAGAUUAAGAAGACUGUGGAAGAACAUUUGGCCAUUCUAAAUUUAAAAGAUGAGAUGGUUGAAAGGAAGGAAGGAAAUAUAAAGACAAAAGCAAAACAACGAACAUAUAUUAAACCGAAGAAAAUGAGACAUAACAAAAAGUUAAGAAAGGAGAGAGAGGAGGAAAACUUGAAGAAAGAGAUAUUGAAAAAACAAGUGGAGAUGUUGAAAAAGGAAGUAGAGAAGAGAUUAAAGACAGAUGAGAAAACUAGGGAAAAUAGAAGAGAGAAAUUAGGGUCAAAAGAGAAAAAUGAGCAAGAAUCAGGAACAGAAAAAGAGGACCAGAACAAACUAAAAACAGAAAGAAAGGAGAAGAAAUCAGAGGUUGACAAAGCAGUGAUGAAGUCAGAGGACAAAACACCUGAGGCUGAACAAAGGAUUAAAAAGUUGGAGGCAGAAAAGAAGGGAGAAACAAAAGAAAGCAAAGAGGGGGAGAUGUCAGAUAUGGAAAAAGAUACAGAAGAGAAAAUAAACACACCAGAGAAAGGCAAGGAGAAAUGGAAGCCAGAUACAGAGGAAAGGAUAGACACAUCAGAGAAAGACAAUGAGAAGGAGAAAUCAGAAACAAAAGAGAAGAUAGAUACAUCAGAGGUAGACAAAUUGGAAGAGAAGUCAGGUACAGAAAAGAUGAUAGGCACAUCAGAGAAAGACAAUGAGAAGGAGAAGUCAGAUACAAACGAGAUGACAAAUACAUCAGAGAUAGACAAAAUGGAAGAGAAGUCAGGUACAGAAAAGAUUAUAGACACAUCAGAGAAAGACAAUGAGAAGGGGAAGUCAGAAACAAAAGAGAAGAUAGAUACAUCAGAGGUAGACAAAGUGGAAGAGAAGUCAGGUACAGAAAAGAUGAUAGACACAUCAGAGAAAGACAAUGAGAAGGAGAAGUCAGAAACAAAAGAUAAGAUAGAUACAUCAGAGACAGACACAUCAAAGAAAGACAAUGAGAAGGAGAAAUCAGAAACAAAAGAGAAGAUGGAUACAUCAGAGGUAGACAAAUUGGAAGAGAAGUCAGGUACAGAAAAGAUUAUAGACACAUCAGAGAAAGACAAUGAGAAGGAAAAGUCAGAAACAAAAGAGAAGAUAGAUGCAUUAGAGAUAGACAAAGUGGAAGAGAAGUCAGGUACAGAAAAGAUGACAGAUACAUCAGAGAAAGACAAUGAGAAGGAGAAGUCAGAUACAAACGAGAAGACAAAUACAUCAGAGAUAGACAAAAUGGAAGAGAAGUUAGGUACAGAAAAGAUAAUAGACACAUCAGAGAAAGACAAUGAGAGGGAGAAAUCGGAAACAAAAGAGAAGAUAGAUACAUCAGAGGUAGACAAAUUGGAAGAGAAGUCAGGUACAGAAAAGAUGAUAGGCACAUCAGAGAAAGACAAUGAGAAGGAGAAGUCAGAUACAAACGAGAAGGCAAAUACAUCAGAGAUAGACAAAAUGGAAGAGAAGUCAGGUACAGAAAAGAUUAGAGACACAUCAGAGAAAGACAAUGAGAAGGAGAAGUCAGAUACAAAAGAGAAGAUAGAUACAUCAGAGAUAGACACAUCAGAGAAAGACAACGAGAAGAAGAAGUCAGAAACAAAAGAGAACAUGGAUACAUCAGAGGUAGACAAAUUGGAAGAGAAGUCAGGUACAGAAAAGAUUAUAGACAAAUCAGAGAAAGACAAUGAGAAGGAAAAGUCAGAAACAAAAGAGAAGAUAGAUGCAUUAGAGAUAGACAAAGUGGAAGAGAAGUCAGGUACAGAAAAGAUGAUAGGCACAUCAGAGAAAGACAAUGAGAAGGGAAAGUCAGAUACAAACGAGAAGACAAAUACAUCAGAGAUAGACAAAAUGGAAGAGAAGUUAGGUACAGAAAAGAUGAUAGGCACAUCAGAGAAAGACAAUGAGAAGGAGAAGUCAGAUACAAAAGAGAAGAUAGAUACAUCAGAGGUAGACAAAAUGGAAGAGAAGUUAGGUAUAGAAAAGAUGACAGGCACAUCAGAGAAAGACAAUGAGAAGCAAAAGUCAGAAACAAAAGAGAAGAUAGAUACAUCAGAGAUAGAAAAAUUGGAAGAGAAGUCAGGUACAGAAAAGAUUAUAGACACAUUAGAGAAAGACAACGAGAAGAAGAAGUCAGAAACAAAAGAGAAGAUAGAUACAUCAGAGACAGACACAUCAAAGAAAGACAAUGAGAAGGACAAGUCAGAAACAAAAGAGAAGAUGGAUACAUCAGAGAUAGACAAAUUGGAAGAGAAGUCAGGUACAGAAAAGAUUAUAGACACAUCAGAGAAAGACAACGAGAAGAAGAAGUCAGAAAUAAAAGAGAAGAUAGAUACAUCAGAGACGGACACAUCAAAGAAAGACAAUGAGAAGGAAAAGCCAGAAACAAAAGAGAAGAUGGAUACAUCAGAGGUAGACAAAGUGGAAGAGAAAUCAGUUACAGAAUCAGACACAAAUAAGAAAGAAAUUCCAGAAGCAGAGAAAGAGAAGGAAAAAUCAGGUGUAUUAAAGAGGACAGAGCAAUCUCGGGAAGAAGGAAAGGAAAAGGCAGACAUAGAAAAUAAAAAAGAGACACCAGAAGCUGAAAAACAGGAGGAAAAAGAAGAUGUAAUGAAUAAGAUUGAUUCUUCUGAUGAAGAAAAAGAGGAAAACUCAGCAAUUGAAAAGAAGAUACAGAUUUCAAAGAAAGAAAACCAGGAUGAAAAAUUCAACAAGGAUAUAGGGAGGGAGGAAAAUUUAGAGUCACGAAAAGAGGACGUAGAAACAGAGACAAAGAAUGAGAAAAAAUUGCAAACAGUUAAGGAAAUAAGCAUGAAAGCAGGGAAGAAGGAGAUAAAUCUAGAUAUGGAGGAUGGCAUUAAGUAUACUCAGGAAAGACAGCCUUUCUGGUACAGCUUCCUUUGCGGAACAUGUUUAUCUCACACAUCUUUUCAUCAGAAGGAAAAGAAGAAGAAAAAGAACAAAAUAAUGAACAGAACAGAGAGAACUGGAUUUUUGGAGAGAAUUAGGAAGCUUUUUCGGACUUAA